UAAGCGUAAAGGAUAUGAAACUGUGGAGGCAUCCGCUGCUCUUCUGCUUCCUUUCAAAAUCUUAGUUCCCUUAUUAUCUUGCCUCAAUGAUCAUUUCUCAACACUUCCUCACUCCAGGAGCCUCAGAAGCUUCCAGCAAGCCAGCUCUCCUUCUGCAGCACCUCCAGAGGAUGAAGGUCUCCAUGGCCACCAUCUCCUUCCUCCUCUUCCUCAUCACCAUCACCCGAGGGACCAGCACUGAAUCCUCCUCACGAGGUCAUUUCCACCCGCUGGAAUGCUGCUUCUCCUACAUUACCCAUGCUGUCCCACGUCAUCGAAUCACGGAUUACUAUGAGACCAGUGGCGAGUGUCCCUACCCUGGAGUUAUCUUCAUCACCAAAAAGGGCCAUCCCAUCUGUGCUAACCCCAAAAGUGAGUGGGUCCAGGACUACCUGAAGGACCUGGAGGAGAACUGAGGGAUCUAGAAGCACUGGAGAAAGGCACAGCCUGGCGACCUACAGAGAAGAGAAGAGCCCAAGGGCCCCUCCCCCCCCCUCAGCCCAGCGCCACUCCCCACCAAGCUGCCCUAUCUUGAAUUAAACACCAUUCAU